UGCUGGGGCCAGGCGAGAAUUUAGCGGAGUGAGAGAGUUGUUGGCUCAGUUGUACCGUGGAGUUGGGAUCACAUGGGACAAGCCGAGCUGGCUGCUGCUAAGCCGGGUAGGAUCUGCGCUCCGGGCAAUGGCACCCAGCCUUAAAGUGAAGAGGAAAAAGAAGUUUGAGCCCAUGGCUGCAUGUGAAUCCCAGAAGGCUCCGGAAGAAGAGGUGGCAGCAGCAAGUCCCAUUGUGGAAGAGAGUCAGAGUGCUCCAGAGAAGCUGGAUCAAGAGGAAGCCCCAGCAAUGAAACCAGCUGAUGUUUCCAAGGUGGAGCAGAAGAAUCUCACAGAGGAAUCUGGAGAUGAGCAAAUGCUGAAUGAAGAGAGAGAAGAAGAACAAACUUUCCUGGUCAACCUGUACAAGUUCAUGAAGGAGCGUCAUACACCAAUUGAGAGGGUGCCUCAUCUAGGCUUCAAACAGAUUAACCUGUACAGGAUCUACAAAGUUGUGGAAAAACUUGGAGCCUAUGAAUUGGUCACUGGAAGACGUCUCUGGAAGAAUGUGUAUGACAUGCUGGGGGGCAGUCCUGGGAGCACCAGUGCUGCCACUUGUACCCGGAGACACUACGAGAGGCUGGUCCUCCCAUAUGUGCGGCACCUGAAAGGUGAAGAUGACAAACCUUUGCCACCUGUGAAGCCCCGGAAACAGUACAAGGUUUCCAAGGAGCCCAAGGCAGACAGAGGGAAUGGUGCUGUGGAGAAAAAGAGAUCCAAGAAGGAGAAGAGUAGGGACCAGGUUCUGCCAGAGAAACUGAAGGCUGAUGUCAUCUCUGCCUCCAAACCUACCAACGGUGUUGAGCAGAAUCAGCCUGCAGAACAAACUGAGAGGUUUCUCCCCCUGCCAAAUGGCAAGGAGCCCUCUGAGGGCCAGCCCCCCGAGGGCUGCCAUUGCAACUGCAGGGCCAGCUGUUGCUCUGAGGCCUACCAGCGGCUGUUCUCCAGCUUCUACUUCAAAGGGAACCAUGGCAUCAUGUCUCCUUUGGCCAAAAAGAAGCUGUUGGCUCAGGUGAGCAAGGCUGAAUCUUUGUACUGCCAUGAGAAGCACCUCAGCCACUGUCCAGAGUAUAAGAAGGCCAGAAGCAGAGAAGUCCUGGGUUCAGAGCCAGAGGCCAGCCCUAAGAAUCCGUUGAUCAGUCAUCACAAAGAAGCACAGAACUCUGUGCUGGAAGUGGAUGGCUCCAGUCACCCUGCUGCUUCUCCUCAUGCCUCAAAAGCAAAUGAAGGCGCAUUAAAGGCAUCUCCAAGCCUCAAGGAGAGCCAGGUGCCUCAGAAAGCAGAAGAUGGAAAUUCUGGGACCCACCCCUCACCUGGUCCUCCAGUCUUCACUGGGUAUUUCCACACAUAUCGAAGUGAUGUCUUGAAACCCAUAAGUUGCCACCCACUUCGAGGACCGGUAGAGUAUUAUCCUGGCUUAAGGGAUUUCACAGAGUCUUCCUCUGCCUAUCAGCAGUCUGGGAAAGACUUGUCAUCGAGCAAUGUGUCUCAGAAGGGGCAGGAAGACAUGGAGGACCAGCCAGAAGACCUCCGUAGGAAACUGAGUCAGCCAUCUGCUGCCUGGAGAGGGGACAGCCAGCAACACUUGGCCCUUCAGAUGCGCAACCCCAGUGGUAAGAGAGGCUCCUCCCCCUUUCUGAAUGUCAAGGCUUCUUGGGCUCCUCCUUUUGUCAACCUGGCCAAAGUCAGUCCUCAGGCUCCUAAGAAUGGAGGACACCCUGUUUCUCCAAGCCAAAUAGGCAGCUCUACUCAGAAGAACAAAAGAUCCUUGGAGGAUGAAAGCUUUCUUCAUGGGAAGAAGCUGAAGGUUGUCUCCCCUUUUGUCAAGGAAGUGGAAUCCAACAAUGGGCUGGAGCGUGGCACUUCCCCAAGUGGCCAACAGGGGGUUGCUAAGCCCAAGGCAGGUGUGUCAAGUUCCGUUUUCCCAGCUGCCCCUGCUCCUCAGCUUCAGGACAUGUACAAAGGGACGAUGUUGAGGCUACCUGUGAACUUCAGCAGCACAGGGGAUCAUUUAAAAGGGCAGUUGCCCUCAUUGAUCCCCUCAUUGUCAGUCAGCCCAUUUAUAAUCCCUGCCUUUCCAACUCCAUUAUUAACUGCUUCUGUCCAGCCUUCAGACCUCUGCCAGUCACUGGGUACGAGUCUGGUCCACUACCCCACAUCUUACGACAGCACGCUACGACACAGGCUGUAUCCAGUUUCAACAUGGCACAGUCAGCCAGCGUAUGCUUCUCCCCAUGUACCUUCCUACCACCGAAACACCAAGCUGUAGCCACCUGGCAUGGAUGUCAGGAGAGACCAUUUCUCACAAGAUCUUGGUUGAGGCACACAUGAACUCUUGAACUGCAGCUGUGCUGCAUUUCAGCUUUUUGACUGUCCUAUUCAGUUUGGGAAAGUGAUGGCAAGAUGCUACUGUCAGGACCAUGUACUAUUUUUUUUAAACUCUUAGACUUUGACCCAUAUUUGUAUCUGGUAUGGUAUGCAAAUGACUUAAAACUAUAUUGUGUUAAAAAAAAUAACCCUGUAGGGAACAAAGCUCAUAUAAACAGAGAUUUUUAUCUGUGGUAACACUG